AAAUGUCUUCGCUAUCGUUUUUGCUAUGCUUUUCACUUCUGAUCGGAACCCUUGUGGCCAUUGAUUUCGAUUCAAGUAGCAGUGAGUCUUGUGAAGAGAGUCAUGAGCAUAAGCAUGGUGGUGGUCAUGAAGGCGGCAAUAACGGAGGUGGUAAUAAUCGGGGCUGUGACGCUGGCUGGACCCGAUUCAACCGUCCUUCCGGUGGCUGGUGUGUUCGAGUAUUCCCAGGAACUUAUCACCAACCACUCGCCGAAUCUCGCUGCCAAUCACAAGGAGCUGUCCUGACCGGAGUGCAGAAUCAGGAGGAGGCGAAGAAAAUUGCAAGCCUGCUCCUUCCUCAAAUCUCCCAACAAAGUGGCUCCAUCUACAUUGGCCUCCACAGAACCCCCGCUUGCUCCAAAUCUCCAAUCUCUUCCUCAUGCAAUUCCAUGAACUCCUUCCACUGGACAGAUGGCUCAACGACCGGCACUGAUGGGCUUCUCUGGAACAACAAUCAACCAGAUAAUGCACAUGCUGCCACUCAACAAUGUGCUGUACUCCUAGCUGCUCAUACUCCAACGGUAGUGGAUAAAUGGACGUGGCAGGCAAAUCGGCUGGAUGAUGUGCAAUGCCAGGUUCCGGCCGGGUCGAAUGUGGCGAGGACUGUUAGAGGAUACGCUUGUGGAAAGAAGGCUAGAAGCUAAAUUGUGUGAGAGCAUUAAUAAAAAUGAAAGUUAUAUUAUUUA